UUCUCUUUCAUAAACCUGCGCCCUUCUCCUUCCUUCAGAGAUCAGAGUUUACCUUCUUCGCCGUUUUUGCCCUUCUUCUUGACAAACCUGUGAUCCUUAAUCUUGCAAAACCUUUUCCCUUUCCCCUUCUAAUUCUCUGAAACUACUCUGAUAUCUCUAAAAAGUAAAAACCCUUUUCCCUUUUUAAUUCUCUUGAAACCCUUGCCCUUUUAUCUCCAAAACCAAACACUCUCAUCUCUCAACACUCAUUUAUGGCACCGGCACUGGACAGAUGAUGGCUAAUGACAGGGUGGCAUUGAGUAACGGAACCACGACCGGUAGAAAGCAACAGAACAAAGGAGGCGAGGCGAGCUGCGACGGUGACUGAUAUGGGGUGGAGAUGCGAACAUGUGACCGAAACCACCACUCGCCACUCCGGCUCCACAUUCUAAUGUCUCAGAAUCUUUCUAUCCCUCUCAUAACCACUCAGUCGGUCUCGGUCAAAACCGCUCAUUCUCUGUUCUCAGUAACGAAAAAGAGUGAAGAAUGUCAAGUUGGCCUUGAUGAUGACGAACCGCGAUGGAGAACUGAGAUGGUAGUGACGAUGAACCGAGACAUUAGCAAUGAACAGAGAUCAAAGAUAGAGAAAAAGUGGAGUCUCUUUGGAGAAACAAUGUCACAGGAGAAUGCUGACAAUUUUACAAAGUUAAAAGGCCUGUUGCAGAGUAUAAUACACGCUACUUCAAAUUUUGAGUUGAGUUCUUUAUGGUUACCAAGUAGAUUUAGGUCAAAGGUAGGCAUUGUUGCAUUAAUACCAUUACACUAUAGUUCUAUUGAAACUGAGAUUUGAUGGCCAAAAUUUGGUAAUGAGCAACCCAGGUUUAUAAUGUUGCUUCACCCGAUGAUUGCUUGGGACCCACCUGAAUUAGCAAGGUAAAAGAAGCUCUCAAAUGGUAAAUUUUUUUUUUAAUUUUGAUGCCGAACAAAAUGUUAUUGUUUGAAUUUUAAUUUUGACCUCUUGGACAUGUUUUAUCACUUCCUAUUAUAUUCUUUAACCUUUUAAUUGUUAUAGGUUUCAUGGGCCUUUGGCUUUCGUUAUAUUAAGAUUUUAUGUAUAUAUAAGAUAGAAAGAAUUCUAGCUGUAGCUGAAUAUAAAUCCUUAUCAAUUCCAUAGAGGAGUUUUCAAAUUAUUUGUGUUGGGAUUUAUAUUUCAGUGAUAAUGCUAAAGCUGUUUUGCUAUUCUACUUAGGAUAACCAAAUUAGGAUUGAGUUGGAUCUGUAAUCUUCUUAUCAUUUAGUUUGUAAUCUCUAAGUUACACAUUGAGACUAACUUCAGGGUGCAACUUGGGCUGACUCUCCAAAAAAAUAACUUAGUUCUAUUAUGCUAAUUGUUUUUAUUUAUCUUUAACUAUAUUUUCAUUUGAAAGUUGAAACAAUGGUCAACUAGUUCCAUUCGCAGUAUCCCAGGUUUAUUGAGACCUUUGGUACCCAUAUUGUUGUUGGAAUGAAAAUGGGAGGAAAGGAUGUAAUAUAUUUGACAGCAGCACUCAUCAGCUCUCCAACCUGCUGAUGUUCAAAAAAGACUGAAAGAGAUGGCAGAUAGAAGAUUUAUGGAUGCUACUGGCUAAUAUACAAUUGGAAUCCGGGAACAGAGGAUAACAUUCGCUAAUAUCAGUCCAUCAAGUUCUUAUUCGCAUAAGGAGGUAUGCAUUGAACAUUACCCUUGACAAUAUUUAACCUGUUUACUAGUUUCUUGCUAGUUGUGCCAGCUGAACAGAAGUGGAGUAUUUCAAUUCCUUUGCAUGUUAGAGUUUUUCUUGAAUUUAGAUCUUAAUUUG